AUGCCAUCCAAGUUGAUCAAGCUUAUUGAAGCAUACUGUAGAAGCUUCAUGUGGUCAGGAACUAAUGUCAUUACCAAGCGUGCAUUAAUAUCUUGGGACAAAGUCUGUCAACCCAAGAGUGCUAGAGGGCUGAACAUCCUGAACCUCAAAAGCUGGAAUAAAGCAGCCAUUCUCAAGCUACAAUGGGACUUAGCAACAAAGGCAGACAGAUUAUGGAUCAAAUGGGUUCAUAUGUAUUAUAUAAAAGGGCACCCUUUAGCUACUAUCAAAGUGCCAAAGCAAGCGAGUUGGACGGUUCAAAAGAUCAUGACUGUUGCUGGUCCAAAUCCACAGAUGCAGGGAGAUAAUGGCAAAGGCAGUAAGAUCAAACAGCUAUACUUACAACAGAUUGGAUCAUUAGCUAAAGUUGAGUGGAAAGCAAUCAUGUUCAAGAAUCUAGCUAGACCUAAAGCACUGUUCUCCAUGUGGCUAAUCAUACAGGAAAGAAUGCUGACAACUGACAGGCUGAUCAAAUGGAACAUUAAUGUAGAUCCAACAUGUAUUUUUUGUGGAAAUCAUCCAGAGACGCAUGCUUAUCUAUUCUGCGAAUGUACUAUCAUCACUGGAUUAUGGGCAGGAAUUUUCAAUUGGUUACAUAUCCAGGUGCAAAUAAAGAUGUGGGAUCACUUAGUAGCCUGGUUUGUGGAGAAAGCGAAGAAGAAAUCUGUUGAAGGGCAGCUCUUGCGAAUGGUUCUAGCUGAAACUUUGUACCGUGUAUGGAAUGAAAGAAACCAUAGAGUAUUUGAUAAGGUGCAUAGAGAUAAUAAGAGCAUCAUUAGAGAGAUAGCAUACACUUGUAAUAUACAGGCUGUAGGCAAGCUUAGAGAAGUCCUACAGCAAAGACUUCUAUAA